CGCCCCUGUGAGAAUAAGCGACAUCAGCAAGUGAGACUUGGCUUGCAUAUACAUGUACAUGUAUACUGACUCAGCUCUGCUGACUACGUGCCAAGACAGUGCUUGUUAAUAAACAGGUCUGACUCUGAGUCUACUGAACGAGUGGUGUAACAGGCUACAGAUUUCGAUUUUUUAUGUCAAAAUGUGGUCUUUUGCUCUCCUGUGCAUGGUAUGCAUGCCGGUCUUAUCGACAGCUCAGGGAGGCCACGGUCACCAGGAACUUGUCGCUGAUCUGGCCCAGGCGAGGGAGUUUUUAGACGCCUACAGUGAGACUAUCACGGAGCUGGACUAUCAAGCCACGCUGGCUGCUUGGGAAUUCGCCAGCAAUAUCUCUGAUGUCAACCAACAGAAACAGAUUGAGGAAAGUCUGGUCCUCGCCGCAUUCGUGAAGGAAGCAGGCCAGAAUGCCAGUCGGUUUGACGAUUCGGCUUUCCCCGAUGACGUCAGAAGAAGACUGAAAAACAUCCGGGACAUCGGAACAGCUAUCCUCGAGCCGACCAAAGUGGCAGAGUUCAGUGAGCUGGUAAGUUCCAUGACCGAUAACUACAGCACUGCACGCGUAUGCCGGCCGGGAAAACCCGAUGAAUGUCUUCAACUCGAACCUGGUUUGACACAGGUGAUGGCCAGUUCCCGAGAUUGGGACGAACUUGUCUGGGCCUGGAAAGGAUUUCGAGACAAAGCUGGCGUUCCGAACAAACCUCUGUAUGCCCGCUAUGUUGAGCUUUCCAACGAAGCUGCCAGGGCGAAUGGAUAUCCUGACACGGGGAGUUACUGGCGUUCUUACUACGAGGUGGACGAUUUGGUCGCGCAAGCUUAUAAAUUGUACAACGAUAUCCUACCACUGUACAAGCAACUCCAUGCUUAUGUCAGAAGAAUCAUGCACAAAACACAUGGAGACAAAGUAGACGUCGAUGGGCGUAUUCCUUCUAACCUGUUAGGAGACAUGUGGGGGCGCUUUUGGGGCAACAUCUAUAAGCAGGUCAUUCCGUACCCGGAUACGCCGGACAUUGACGUCACUAACACGAUGAUUGCCAAGGGAUUUACCCCGCUUCGAAUGUUCCAACUUGCCGACGAUUUCUUCGCGUCUUGCGGCCUGAAACGCGUCAACGAACGGUUCUGGAACAACUCAAUAUUGGAGAAGCCGACGGACGGCCGGCAAAUAGUGUGCCAUCCGUCCGCUUGGGACUUGGGAAAGUACCAGGAUUUUAGAAUAAAGAUGUGCACUGAAGUGAACAUGGAGUACUUCAAUAUCGUGCAUCAUGAAAUGGGUCACGUACAAUACUACUUACAGUAUGCAAACCUUCCUCCGUCAUUUCGCGCGGGCGCCAACCGCGCUUUUCACGAAGCGGUCGGGGAGGUCAUUACGCUGUCCGUAGCCACGCCCACUCACCUAUCGCACCCUGAUAUUGGGCUCCUGAACGCCACCAUGGGUGGGGUCGAUAACCAAGAAACUGACAUCAACUUCCUUCUGAAAACUUCGCUCGUCACAAUCGGCACCCUACCGUUUAGUCUUGCUUUAGAGCAGUGGCGAUGGGACGUGUUUGCUGGUGACGUGGAGAUGGACAAGUGGAACGAGAGAUGGUGGCAGCUUAAGCACGAUCUUGUAGGAGUGAGAGCACCUGUCAAGCGGACUGAGCAAGACUUCGAAGCCGGAGCGAUGUUUCACAUCAUCAUCGACUACUCGUUUCUGAGAUACUUCAUACGGACCGUCAUACAAUUCCAGUUUCACAAAGGGUUGUGCGAUGCUGCCGGACACACGGGGCCGCUCCAUCGAUGCGACAUCUACAAGUCUACCGCGGCUGGAGAAAGACUCGCGAAUAUGCUGAAGUUAGGUUCUAGCAAACCAUGGCCGGACGCGAUGGAGGCUAUUACGGGCCAGAGGUCAAUGUCAGCCGAUGCGAUCAAUGAGUACUUCGCGCCUCUAAUGACAUGGUUGGAGGAAACCAAUAGAAAGAACGGAGAGACGAUCGGAUGGGAUUCCGGCGGUACGGUUCCCGGGAUAUCGUUGACGGUUCUGCUAGCGUGCAUGUUGACAACCACGUACGCCGUCUCAACGAGCCUGUUCACGGCCUAGUCAUUUCCCGUCGCAGGGGUGGAACCCGAACUGGAUGCCAAGUUUUGAGUCAUCCCAUUGGCAAGCGCGAUUUGCGAGUUUAAAAACAGG